CAACUUGUCAAAACGCUUUAAUGCAAAAAAUGGAGUGCUAAGAUUGUACGCUGGUAACACCGGUCUUCAGAUUUGUGUGCGCCGGCAUCGCACGUGAACGUGUCGGGAUAAUCUCGAUAAAUUAGUGAAAUCACCAUGUCUAACGAAUAUUUUUAUGGAGUAACCUUGUCAGCAACACACCAGUCAGAAACAUGGGAUCCGGAAUCCAAAGAAGAAUAUUCUCGCACUAAUAAAUUACUUAUCCGUCAGGCACUACUUGGACCAGAUGCCAAACCAGAUGAACUGAAUGUAGUUCAGGUAGAGACAAUGUCUCUGCAAGAUACGAUCAAGAUCCCGAUGGCGGUGCUGAAGGCGGGUGAGACGCGGCACGCGCGCCUCGACAUUGAGUUCCCCGAUGCUCCCGUCACAUUCACGCUCAUACAGGGCUCUGGGCCAGUACAUCUGAUCGGGCAGCACCUCCUCGGUGCAAUGAUGGAGGAGUUUGAAGACAUGGAAGAAAUGGAAGAAGAGAUGCUUGAUGAGGAGGAAGGAGAUGACUCUCAGUUCAAGGAAGAUGAAAAUAAAAGGAAAGUGCCAGCAGGCAAGCGCAAGCAGAAUGAGGAUGAAGAUGAUGAAGAGGGCGAGCCGAAAGGUAAGAAGGCGAAAAUGUCGAACAAUGCUAAAGGCAAGGCUCCUUCGCCCAAAAAGAACGCCAAGAAGUGAACCGCCUGUCCGUGAGCCCGGCGCCGCCGCCGCCGCUCGCCCGCCGCCGUAUUCCACUUGAAGACUGACCGGAUCCUGUACGUGUGCCGUACCCCUGUAUUUAUGAAGAAUCUUUGUCGUGAACCACAGUACGGAGCGUUGCGGCGGCGGCGCGCGGGCUACUAGUUGUAACUCAUAGCGUGGUAAUUCAGCCUAGGUUAGCGUCGUAUCUCGAGUGCCUGGCGAGUGGAUGUGAUGUGCUGUGAGGGUCGCGGGAACGCCGCGGCCAAGCGUGAUUUCUUCACUGAAUUAUUUUCUCUAAACAAUUUUUUUUCCAUUCCUUACUGUGGUAUAGUGUUAUGGAUGUCAAAUUUAAUAUUAUAAGUCUUAAAAUUCACACAGAUGUAUUUUUAAGUUAUAAGGUAAGCAUAAUCGGUGUACUUCUAAGACAAUCAUUUUGUAUUAGCUGCCGGUCUGUAAUAAUGAUUGAAUUCACUAACGAUUUCUCAUUUCAGAAUGAAAAACUGAUAAUCUAUUAUAGUUUGUUUGUACAUAUACAUUAUAAAAGCGUAAGAACGGUAACAAUAAAAUAAAACCAUUUUUAAACAUCA